AUGGAUAAAGAAGGUGAGUUUUUAGGUUUCCUUAUACUCUCAUGCUAUUGGUUGAUGUUGGUUCGAAAAAGAAAAAAAAGAAUUGGAAGAAUAAAAGCUAACGAAUCGGAAGAAUCCGGACAUGCAUACACACAAGAUUUGAUACACGGAUGUCCUAUACAAUGUUUUGAUAUGAUGCGUCUUUCACAAGAUGCAUUUGUAUUAUUAUGCAAUCAUUUUACUCAAAGAAAUUGGUUGCAACAUAGUAGGACAAUAAGCGUUGAAGAGAAGAUGGCUAUAUUUUUACAUGUUAUAGGACAUAAUGAACGUUUUCGAGCUGUUAAAGAAAGGUUUCACCACUCCAUACAAACGAUUCAUCAAUGUUUUCAUGAAGUGCUAAAAGCAAUGAUGUGUUUUGCAAGAGAAAUUAUUGUACCAACAUCUUCUAAUACAACAAGAAAUACCUCGGAACGACAUAGACGGCUAAAAAACAUAUUUCCUAGAGCAUUAGGUGCACUAGAUGGAACACUUGUACAUGCAGUUUUGCCCGUUGAUGAACAAACUCGCUAUAGAGGAAGAGGAAAAGGUGAAUGUUAUCAAAAUGUAAUAGGAAUUUGUGAUUUUGAUAUGAUAUUCACCUUUGUAUGGGCUGGAUGGGAGGGCAUAGCACACGAUUCUAAAGUUUUGAAAGAAGUUGCAUUUAAUCCGACUUCUGGAUUUCCAUUCCCUCCACCAGAUAAAUAUUACCUUUGUGAUGCCGCAUACACCAACACCCGUGGAUUUAUGGCUCCUUACCGCAAUACUAGGUAUUGGUUAGCCGAUUUUCGAAGAAACAGAGCGUUAACCAAGGAAGAAAGGUUUAAUCAUGCUCAUGCACAACUUAGAAAUAUCAUUGAACGUGCUUAUGGUGUAUUGAAAGCGAGAUUUCCAAUUUUAAAACGUAUGGCUCCUUAUCCUUUUCCCGUGCAAAGAGACAUAGUCAUUGCCUCUGUCGCGAUCCAUAAUUUUAUAAAGAAAUACGAUAUUCAAGAUGACCUAUUUACGAACUUUGAACAAAACACUAUGGUUACUCCUAAUGUGGGAGGUGGAGGAAGUGAGGGUCAAAACAUACAAAGCAUAGAAUGGGGUUCAGAAGCCGUUGAGUAUAUGACUACUUUGCGUGACCAGAUUGCUAAUCAGUUACUUUCAAAUGGUUUACGUUAA